UUUUCCUUAUUUUCUACAACGACAACCGCUCUUCGGAGGCACGACAGGCGAAUUCAUCACACCGCAUCGAUUUGAUUUACCGCAAACAAACAACUUGCUACACUAGCACCUGUCCCGAAUUCGUCACACCCUUCCCGGCGCAACCAUGGCGAUUGCGCGUCCAGUCAGGACGCUAGGCCUGCUGGCUGUCCUCCUGUGGUGCUUCUUCCUCUACCAGAUGUUCAAGCCGUCAACGUCGGUAUUUACGCCCGGCGCACGAUACAUGAACUUUGAGAGAGAUCCUAUGCUGGAUCCAACCGGCGAACCCGACGGCAUUCUCGUGCGAACAUCGGAAAAGUACGCCCCUGAUGCCGAGGACUCUGACCGAGUAGCUGCGACGCUCUUGGCGCUUGUGCGAAACGAAGAAGUCGACGACAUGGUUGCCUCGAUGGUCGAUCUCGAGCGCACAUGGAACCACAAGUUCAACUACCCCUGGACCUUCUUCAACGACAAGCCCUUUUCGGCCGAAUUCAAAAAAAAGACACAGGCAGCCACCAAUGCCAAGUGCAUCUAUGAGGUCAUCAGCGACGAAUUCUGGCAACCCCCCUCAUGGAUCGACCAAGACAAGUUCGACGCAUCGGCCGCCAAGCUCGAGAAGCAGGGUGUGCAAUACGCCAAGAUGAUGUCAUACCAUCAAAUGUGUCGCUGGAACAGCGGCAUGUUCUAUAAGCAGCCCGCGCUCAAGGACAUGCGUUACUACUGGCGCGUCGAGCCCAAGGUGCACUUCUUCUGCGACGUCGACUACGACGUCUUCCGCUACAUGCAGGACAACAACAAGACGUACGGCUUCACCAUCAACCUGUACGACGACCCCAAGACGCUACCUACGCUGUGGCCCGAGACACAAAAGUUUCUGGCCAAGCACCCCACGUAUCUCCACGAGCAGAGCGCGCACAAGUGGGUGACAGACGACAUCAAGCGCCCGGAGCACAACCUCGCCGCGCAGGGCUUCUCGACCUGCCACUUCUGGAGCAACUUCGAGGUGGCCGACAUGGAGUUCUGGCGCAGCAAGGUCUACGAAGACUACUUUGAACACCUCGACAAGGCUGGCGGCUUCUUCUACGAACGAUGGGGCGACGCCCCUGUACACAGUAUCGCCCUUGGUCUCUUUGAAGACAAGAGCAAGAUCCACUGGUUCCGCGAUAUCGGGUACCAGCACAUCCCCUUCUUCAACUGCCCCAACUCGCCCAAGUGCAAGGGCUGCGUGACCGGCCGCUUGACGGAUGGCGAGGCUUUCCUCCAUCGCGAGGACUGCCGGCCCAACUGGUUCAAGUACGCUGGCCAGGGUUAAACUGACGACCGUUACAAUGUGUUUGAAUUAGGCGGCGAACCAAAAACGAAAGGGGCAGUUGGCUAUUACUACUCGAUACAGGUGCAUUUUUGUAUUACGGUGUUGGAGGCGUUGCUCUUUUUUCUUUCCUCUGGGUAGCUCAUCUGUAUUUUUACUCUCCUCUACAGCUAGGCAGUGCUGCAGCAGCAGCUGCCGCGCUGCAUCCCCUCUAUUUGGGUUGUACAUGACGCACGCUACGAAUAUGAUAAUUAAUUGGAUAUAUAUAUAUUAUACCAUACAAAUACUUCUUGUCUAUCUUUGCGUUCGUGACUCUAUGUAUCAAAGACUGUGACUACUCCAGAAGUACCAGCUACACAAAACUGGUCUCCCCAACCGCCAUCUCGCCAUGCCAUGCAACUCAUCACAUUAUUCCGUAUCUUUUCCUUGCCGUCCUUUCCAAUCACCUUUUUCUUGCUCUCGUAGCCGGCCGGGCCCCAUGGGAUAGUAAUUGUCGCCGCCAGCUUCCCUGAGAGAACAUCCCACGCGAGCACACGACCUUCUCGACCACCCAGCCCAGCAGUCAUUUCGUCUCCAACAAUAACGUAUUUUUCACGCUUUGCAAGGAGGGAUUGAACACGCAGCUCUUCGUUGCGCCAUGUCGGAUCGUCAUACGCCUUCAGACAGGUGCCGUUCUUACGGUCCAUGAGACGUAGCUUGCUGUCCAGGGUGCCUACCAAGAGUGCAUUGCCAUCUUUCGUGAUAUCCAGACUCGUCACGCUUGCACCAAUCACGUCUGCGGUACAUGUGCCCAUGCGGAUGUCGUAGCUGCGCACUCGGCCGUCGACACUACCCGUAAUGACUUCUGGUCCGCGCACGACAAUGCUAGUGAUGGCGUCCCGCGCAUUAUCUAACACUUGGAUAGGUUUGACACUGUUGCUCUUGACGUCCCAAAUGCGUGCUGUUGUGUCAAAGCUUCCACUGACAAUGAGCGAGUCACCGGCGCCGGCAAACGAGACGCAGUUGAUUUGGCCCGUGUGGCCGUGGAUAUUGCCGCCGAAACGCCGUGUCGUUACGCCGGUAGAGACAUCCCAGAGAAAGACGGCGCGGUCGCCGCCAGAGGAAACGAAGGAUUCAUUGCCAGAUGACACGGCGAUGCUGAGGACCUCGUAGCCGUGCGCAGAGUAUGUUUGGAUAAGACGACCUUCGAGCACAUCGGUACCGUUGUGGGACCGGCUAGAUGAGGCUGGCGACGGGUUGUAGAGGCGGAUAGAGCGGUCAGAGGAGCCGGCGAGGAUAUAUGUUCCUGGUGACGAGGAAUAUGCUAGCGCGUGGACAGGGCCAUUGGACCCGAGGAGAUAUGCGGAUGGCUUUGUGGGAAAUGCCAUGUUUGUAGAUUUGGGUUCAUGACAUGGUGGGGUGUUUGAUUGACCGGCUUUUGAGGCGCUUUGCGCGGUUUUGUGGCGAUGAUGGUAUGUGACGGAUAGUGAAAGUUGGUGAUGGAGGCAGAAAUGGGCCAUGUUGGAUGGAUCACGUG